GUUCCGUGCGUCAUAUAUAUACAUUUAUAUAUACGUAUGAUCGCAACAGAGGGGAGCGAGGAAAGCCAGGUGAUAUCUGCAACUGCCAAAGUGGCGAUUUGAUUGGAUGACACGCGAUCCGAAUGCGAGUACGAGUGCGAAUGCUCUGAUUUAUACUUCAUGAAAAUCAAAAUCGAGACAGAGCUACCGAUUUCCCCAAGAGUCAAACACCGAAAGGACCGAAACCGGAUCCCAGCUCUCAGCAGAACUGUGCACCUGGCUGAGCGGCGGCUCAGUUGCUUGCCAGGAAGCAAGCGAAGGCCACCCACCCGACGGGCGGGAGAAACUAUGAGUUGUCACCACUGAGGCGAACCGCAGGGCGUUCCACAAUCCAUCCACUCUUGAGUCUCCAGCGUUCGGUUCCCCGUCGAGUCCUGAUUCCAGAGUCCAGAGACCUGAGUUCCCAUCCCCACCAGCCGCACUGUCAAUCACAUCCCGGAGUGCAGCGGCCCAACUGCGCCAGAGUGUUGAACGUGCCAGUGCGAGAAUGCCUUCUCGCGGUCCCACGUCAUAGUCACCCUCAUUAGAAACGAGCAACACUCCCGGCAGCAACACCAAUUGCAACUGCAGCAGCAGCAGCAACCAGCAAUUAGCAGCCAACUACGAGCAACUAGCAACCAACUAACAAGCAGCACAAAUCAUAGCCAAAUCGAACGCAACAAAGCUUCCAGAGUCCAGAGGCCAGAGGAGGUCAGAGCAGGAGAGCCAAUCACUUCCAGGACAGGGAGAAGCCAUCCCAGCCAGUAACCAGCCAUGCAGUUGCUCCUCAAGUCAAUCUUCACCUGCGCACUACUAGUGAUCUUCGUGUACGCCACCGCCCAGUCACUCCUCAAAGUGCAGGAGAGCGAGGCGCGGCGGGCAUACCUCAAUGGCACCUCCACCUCCUCCUCCUCCUCGUCCUCCAGUAAUCUCAGCCAGGAUGGCCACUUCCUUAGCCGGCGGCUGAGGCAGGCGAUGCACGGCGAGGAGGGUGAGGAGGGGGCGCCCUCGCAGAUGGAGGACGACCUCAACCAGCUGAUGAAGACCAACGUGGACGCGCCGGACAAGGAGGAGCUGCGCAGGUGCAGCGUGGGCCUGGUGCUGCCCGUGUGGACGCCGGAGUUCAACAUAUCCUUGGGCGACCGCCUCAUCCGCGGCUUCGUCUACUUCGUCCUGCUGAUCUACCUGUUCGUGGGCGUGUCCAUCAUAGCGGACCGCUUCAUGGCCGCCAUCGAGGCUAUCACGUCCAUCGAGCGGGCGGUGGUGGUCAAGGGGCCGAACAACGUUAAGCAGGUGAUGCACGUGCGCAUCUGGAACGAGACGGUGGCCAAUCUCACGCUGAUGGCUCUCGGGUCGAGUGCCCCCGAGAUCCUGCUGUCCGUGAUUGAGAUCUACGCGAAGGACUUCGAGAGCGGCGACCUGGGACCCGGCACCAUCGUGGGUUCAGCCGCCUACAACCUCUUCAUGAUCAUCGCCGUGUGCAUGAUCUGGAUACCGGCGGGCGAAGUGCGACGCAUCCGGCACCUGCGCGUCUUCUUCGUGACCGCCCUCUUCUCGAUCUUCGCCUACGUGUGGCUGUGGCUCAUCCUGUCCGUGUUCACGCCCGGCGUGAUCCUGGUCUGGGAGGCGAUCGUGACCUUGCUCUUCUUCCCGCUGACCGUGCUGUGGGCAUACAUCGCCGAGCGGCGGAUGCUCGUUUACAAGUACAUGGACAAGAACUACCGCGUGAACAAGCGCGGCACCGUGGUGGCCGGCGAGCACGACCAGGUGGAAAUGGAUGCGGAGAAGGGGCCCAAACACCCGAUGGUCACAUCCGCGCGCGGCACCGACGCCGAGGCCUUCGACGAGGCCCGUCGCGAGUACAUCACUGUGCUGACGGAGCUGCGCCAGAAGUACCCCGACGCCGAUCUCGAGCAACUGGAGAUGAUGGCCCAGGAGCAGGUGCUGGCGCGGAGCAGCAAGUCGCGCGCCUUCUACCGCAUCCAGGCCACUCGCAAGAUGGUCGGCAGCGGCAACCUGAUGCGCAAGAUCCAGGAGCGUGCCCACAGCGACCUCACCGAGGUCAAGGCCCAGCUGCACGCCGGCGACGACGAUGAGGCGGACGAUCCCAUCCGCAUGUACUUCGAGCCGGGCCACUACACCGUCAUGGAGAACUGCGGCGAGUUCGAGGUGCGGGUGGUGCGUCGCGGCGACAUCUCCACCUACGCCAGCGUGGAGUACGAGACGCAGGACGGCACCGCCUCCGCCGGCACCGACUUCGUGGGCCGCAAGGGCCUGCUCAGCUUCCCGCCCGGCGUCGAUGAGCAGCGCUUCCGCAUCGAGGUGAUCGACGACGACGUCUUCGAGGAGGACGAGUGCUUCUACAUCCGCCUUUUCAAUCCCUCCGAGGGCGUUAAGCUGGCCGUGCCCAUGAUCGCCACCGUCAUGAUCCUGGACGACGACCACGCCGGCAUCUUCGCCUUCACGGACUCCGUCUUCGAGAUCACCGAGUCCGUCGGCAAGUUCGAACUGAAGGUGAUGCGCUACUCCGGCGCCCGCGGCACCGUCAUCGUGCCCUACUGGACCGAGAAUGACACGGCCACCGACGCCAAGGACUACGAGGAGGCACGCGGCGAACUCAUCUUCGAAAACAAUGAAUCUGAGAAAUUCAUCGAUCUGUACAUCCUGGAGGAGAGCAGCUAUGAGAAGGACGUCAGCUUCAAGGUGCACAUCGGAGAACCUCGUUUGGCGCCAGAUGACACUAAUAAGGAAUCAUUUUUCAAUCGAUUUUUUGAAAAACACGAACACUCCGGAGAUCCCACUCACGAUGAAAUGGCAGCCAAAAUCAUGGAAGUCGAGAAGAAGUCCGUUCAGGAUCUCACCGAACUGGAUCGCAUCCUGCUGCUGAGUAAGCCAAGAAACGGAGAACUGACCACCGCAUACGUGCGCAUUCGAGAGAGCCAGGAAUUCAAGGCUACAGUCGACAAGCUGGUGGCCAAAGCGAACGUUUCUGCCGUCCUUGGCACUUCGUCCUGGAAGGAACAGUUUAAGGAUGCCCUCACCGUUAUCCCAGCCGAUGAAAGUGAGUUCGAUAACGACGACGAUGCGGAGGAGGAGGUGCCCAGCUGCUUUAGCUAUGUCAGCCACUUCAUCUGCCUUUUCUGGAAGGUUCUCUUUGCAUUUGUGCCGCCCACUGACAUUUGCGGCGGCUAUGUGACCUUUGUGGUAUCCAUAUUCGUGAUUGGCGUCAUCACAGCCAUCAUCGGAGAUGCCGCCUCCUAUUUCGGCUGCGCCCUUAACAUCAAGGACUCGGUAACGGCCAUCCUAUUUGUCGCCCUGGGCACCAGCAUACCAGAUACUUUCGCCAGCAUGAUAGCGGCCAAGCACGACGAGGGCGCCGAUAAUUGCAUCGGCAAUGUCACGGGCAGCAAUGCGGUCAACGUGUUCCUGGGCAUUGGCCUAGCCUGGACCAUCGCCGCCGUCUACCACAGCUCCCAUGGAGCCACCUUCAACGUGGAGCCGGGAACGAUUGGAUUUGCCGUGGCGCUCUUCUGCGGCGAGGCCCUGAUUGCCAUCUUCCUCAUCAUGUUCCGGCGCUGGCACAAGGGCAUUGGCGCCGAACUGGGUGGCCCGAAGGUCUCCAAAUACAUCAGCGCAGCGAUACUGGUUUUCCUCUGGGUCUUCUACGUGGUCAUCUGCAUACUGGAGGCCUACGAUGUCAUCGACGUCUAGAGAGCUGGCAACUGCAUUGAUUUGACUUUGGCGUUGGCGUUGGCUUUGUUAUUCGCAUUGGCGUUGGAUUUUUGGCAGAAUCCGUAAAGUUAGACGAGAAUUCGGAAGACAGAAGGCAGAAGAGCUAAACGAUAUUGAGAAGCUGUCAAAUGAUGCUGUAGAUGCAGUUUUUAUAUGUAAACUUAUGAAAUUGAUUUAUAUAUAUGAAAUGUGCUCGGCGCUAUAUAUAAAUAUUUCUUGUGUAAAAUUUAUGUUAAUACUAAAAGUAAAAUUUUAAUGUUUAACUAGGUUUAAGUGAGGCUUAUAUACAAAAACCAUUUUUACGAUUAUUAUCUCUAUUCAUAUAUAAAUUGUAAAUACAGAAAGGCUGCCACGGCUCAGCAAUCUUGUAACUGUAACAAGAUCAUUAAUUGUUAUGCCAUAUAUACUUAAUUUACCUUCUAAAAUACCAUUAUAUUUAUUAUAUCAUUCUGUGUACAACCUAAGUCAUUAUUGUUGUUGUUUGUUAAAAGCUGUACUUACUCCACCCCCAAAAACCCAAGGCGGAAUGUCGGGAUCGGUUUGGUCUCAAAUUAGAGUUUCAAUCGGGUUCCGCUCUCCGAAUUCGAUAUUGUCUCUCCAUCUGCCGAAUACCAUUGUUAAUUUAAUACAUGUGUAAGUUUUAGGAAAAAUCUAAAGGUUUUAGCCAACAUGAAAAGCAAUCCCUCUUAGCCAUCUACUACAAAUAUUACUACAACUAGGUACUAUUACUGAAUAGGAGCCUCCUCGACAACUAGUUCUAGUCACUUCACACUAUCGACACAAGUCCAACUAGUUACGUUUUCAUAAACUCUGACCAAAGCAAAUGGCGGUACUACUUACUAGUGAUUAGCAAGAAAGACCAUCACUACAGAACUUCAAGAGAGCACUAAUCGAUUUACUUAAAAAAGACUUUCUAUUCGCUUACGUCGCUGGCAGUGAUCGAAGUAGAAAAACUGGAUAUUAAGGCAAACACCAAAACAGUACCGAAAAUAACUAGAAUUGAUUGUAAUCCAAAUGUUACGGGCAGGUACAUAUUUUUUGUAUAAUGUUGUACUAUUUUUCAUAUAGCGAAAUUCUAGCAAAUUAUUGAAAGAGGAAGCCUAACAAUAUUUAUAGCCACAUGCAUAAAUUUGUAUUAUACAUUUGGGGUCACACAACUUUACGGGGAAAUCGUUGAGAAAACUGCGCCAAAUUUAAAUACCGCAUACAUAUACGACAUGAUAAACAAUUGAAUAAAUAUACAAAUAUGAACAAAUAAUGUAUUAAAUAUUAUUAUCAAUGUUUACCGCUAGAUAUUAUCAUUAAAUUUCUUUUUAAAUUUAUUUCAAUAAUUGCCUUUUUAUUUCCCUAUUCGAGCCGAAUAUCGUCUUUUAGACGAUAUGAUAGUACGCCUAGGUUUUUGAUAGAUUCAAGAAGUGCAGGCAAGAAAAAUGAAUGCAGUUAACAGACGAUUCGAAGAAAUCGACCAGGGGUCAGGGUAGGCAUGUAGCCCACUAUUAUAUCCAUGUCAAGGAAAUCAAUAUAUUACCGAGAAGCGUAGGAAUAAAUCGAGUAGUGAACGAAGAAGAAGUGCCGGGGAGCAGUGCAUGUAACAAUACGAUACAGAGGAUAACCAGACAUACAAACAAUUACCCAUAGACGAUUAUCUAUAAUGGCAAAGGCAAAUAAAACGAUUAAAGUGCUUCCGACAUAGGGUUUAGGUACUUCUAAAGAACUAGGAGUAAAAAACGUAAUGGGACAAGAAGCGUGUGCAGAUUACUUUGGAAACUAAUUUGUUCCGUUUCACUCUUAUGAUUUCUAUAAUUUUUGAUUAAUUAAGUUCUAUAGAUGUACGAUAGUUAAUAGGAUUCGAAUCUAUAUGUUUUGAUGGGCAAACCAAACAACUAAUAUGUAUGUGUAUUGUACAAUAUUAAUAAUUGCCUGUUUGUUAUCGUGUUUUUUUCGAAUUCAAAUUAUACCUGCAUUUUUAUAUGUAUACCUAUGAAUGUGAUUUUACCCAAAAAACAAAUAAACUACAAGCAUAUAUUCGAACAUCCAGAGACCCAUUUAAAUGUAUUCAAGAACUAAACCGAUAAAGUAUGCAAAUAAUCGUAUAGAUCGACUACCACAUAUGUAGUUUGCGUAGCAUAUGCUUGGGGUGAAGAUCCAUCGAUCUCACUAUCCGUAUCUCUUCUCACUUCAAUACGCUAAAAGAAAAUACCCGACGAAUGCUACACAUUUGAAUAUACUCACUAAGAGAAAAUACUCGUACUCGUAUCGUACUCGUAACGUAAGCCAGGAGCAGAGAUGCACGAAAGCUUAACGUUCUACCUAAUCGAAUCGAAUAGAGCCUAGGCCUAGAGUUACUGGCAUCUCUCAGCAGUGCUGUAUAUGUAUUCCGUGCAUGUUUACCAAACGAAACCCAAUAAACUAACACAUUUAACUGA